UCUAAAUAAUAUGAUUUUACAAAUGCAUAGCGCAUGCCUUCUGAAGGACUCUUCCUUGAAACAACCAAAGCCAACAACCGAAAAGAAUCCAGUGAUGAUGACCAAAACCACUGAUCAUCCUGUAGCAAAACCUUCCAAGCGAAUAACCAAUUCCAGCAAGAGAGGUACGGCAAAGAUUGGGCACACAAAGUUCCCAAUCAGGAAGAGAGCGAUGACGCUGGAGGCCCUCAAUAGCACAAAGACAACAGGGGUAUUGGCCAGAGAGUCCAAGACGCGAGGGUACUAGAUGCUCAUU